AUGGCCACCACAAUAAGGUACGGCACCAGGUUGGAACACCUUCACGAAGCAGUGAAACUCUCCUCUCACGGUCAGACAGCGGUGUCGGUAUGGAUCAACGAUGAUAUUCGCCCCCUCCCACCAAGCCGGCGUACCUGGACUACCAUGACAUUUAUUGGAUGGUGGUCGGUCUGGCAACUCAGUCUGACUAACUGGCAACUGGGCGGCUCGCUCGUGGCGUCGUCAUUGUCGGUAUGGCAAACAAUGGUGGCGGUGAUUUUAGGGAGGACAAUUGCGGCUAUCGUUGCAGUUCUAAUCGGAUACAUUGGGGCCGAGUGGCAUAUCGGGUUUCCAGUGUAUUCGCGAGCCAUCUGGGGGGUUUUUGGCGCCUUUUUCCCAACCCUAUUGCGUAUUGGGCUCACGGUCGUCGGGUUCGCUUUUCAGUCCUACACUGGUGGCCUUUGCGUGACAGCAAUUCUCUCUGGCAUCUUUCCUACCUUCUUUCGGAUGUCCAAUACUUUACCCCCAUCCGCGCAUGUCACAUCUCAGCAGAUUAUCGGAUGGGCCAUCUUUAACAUCAUUUCGAUUCCCGUCCUUUAUCGCCGACCCGAAAGAAGCGAGAGGUUGAUGAUUGGAAUGAAUAUUAUAUCCUUUGCAGCCUUACUGGGCAUCAUGAUCUGGUCUUUGUCGCACGCCCACGGCGCAGGAGACUUAAUCCAUCAACCGUCGCAACUGCAGACCAGCGAGUCCUUGGGAUUCGGAAUCAUGCAAGGCAUUACUACGGUGGUCGGAACCCUUUCCAUUGCUCUGAAUGUUCCUAACCACCAUCCAGCGAGUCAGAUGGACUUUUCCCGCUUUGCUCGAAAGCCGAGUGAUCAAGUCUUCGGCCAAUGGUUCACAUUCAUUAUCAUCGGCUCCAUCAUGCCCUUGUUUGGCUGUUUGACAAGUUCUGCGACGCAGGCGAUCUAUGGUGAAGCACUCUGGAAUCCUCCCACCAUCCUCGCCAUGUGGUUACAGAAAGAUUACAGUUCCACCUCCCGGGCGGCUGCGGUAUUUGCCGGGAUAGGCCUGGUGAGCUCGCAACUAGCAUUGAAUGUGUAUAUCAACAUCCGACGCGGAUGUUACGUCGGACUCAUUCUCGGGAUGGCACUUUGUCCGUGGGAGUUGCUGGCCUCGGCAACCACUUUCGUCAGUGUGAUCUCGUCGUUCUCGAUCUUCAUGGCCCCGUUCUGUGGUAUCCAUAUCAGUGACUACUGGUUUAUCCGGCAAAGACGGCUUAAGCUUUCUGAUUUAUACCACGCCCGGCCAGAAGGAAUCUAUUUCUACACCAUGGGUUUCAACUGGCGGAGUGUGGUUCCAUGGCUUGUUGGAUGGGUUCCUCUGCUCCCUGGGUUCAUGCACAGUAUCAAUCCCGCCAUCGAGGUGUCUGUAGGGGCUGAUCAUCUUUACGCACUCGGGUUCCCCUACGGGCUGCUGUCUUCUAUGGCCAUCCACACCCUCGUUAAUAAGUGCUUCCCACCACCAGGCGUUGGAGAGAUUGACCGGGACGAUACCUACGGAACUUUUACGGUCGAGGAGGCGGCGGGAUUAGGCGUCAGCAAAGACUCCACGGAGGAGGAUAGUGACAGGUCGCUCAGCCGUGAGAGUCGAGAGGUUGUGGAAACCAAGGUUUAG